AUGGACGGAUCUGAAUCAUUUGACGAAAGCAACGAUUGGAUAAUAGAUAUUUAUCAAGAACGAAUUGAUUUUGACUGGCUUAACUAUAAUCCUCAUGCAUUUUUCCCUCUAGACUAUGAUUACUUUUUCAGAACAGGAAAAAUAAAAAAAAUAACUAUAGAGCCUCAAGAACCUCCGGCAGCAUGGAAACCCUGCUUCAUUAUUGGGUGUGGCCGGUCAGGCUCAACAGUACUUUGUAAGCUACUUUCAGCUCACCCUGACAUUUGUUUCUUAAAUGAACCACGUGAGCUUUGAAUGCAAGCUUACCCAAAUUUUGACGUCUGGUCUUCUAAAUCAAGAGAGCGUGAAGGAAAACUUCGCAUGUCUCAAAAUGAUGCAGACCAAAUUGGCAGCCAAAAGCUUAACGAACUUUUCUACACAAUUACAAAUAUUCUUAACAGAAAGAAACUAAUUGAAAAAACUCCUGAAAAUACUUUCCGACUCAAGUGGCUUGAUCAGCUUUUUCCAGGAUGCAAAUUUAUAAUGGUUAAAAGAAACCCUAUAGGAACUGCAAGAAGUAUUGCAAGGUUUCAGCCAGAAAUGUGAUUUGGCCAUGAUUCUUAUAAAUGGGAACAAUUGUCAACUCUUUUGGCACGUUAUAAGGUGAGGGAUAAUUAGAAAAAUUUAGCAUUGAAUGAAGAGUUCAUGACGAUGACAGAGAAUUCUAACUUUGCAAAAGCUCUCAUUGAAUGGGCGUUGAGUAUUCUGACUCCCCCCCCUUUAAAUUGAAACAAAAUAUAGGUAAAAUUCCUACUUUUUUGGGAAAUUAUCCCCCCCCCUUUAAAUUGAAACAAAAUUUUAUUAUAAUAGAAAAUUUUAUAGGUAAAAAUCAUUAUUUUAUAUGUAAAUACGUUAAUACCCUAUUUAAUAUGCUUCAAACAUAUAAGAUUUAGAAAUUAAACUCUAUUUUGUCCAAUUGUUAUAAAUAUAAUUUACUCAUUUUAUUGUCUCUUUAAAUUUAUAUAAUUUAUUUUCUAUAAAAUUUUAUCUCUGAAAAAAAUUUUUAUAUAUAAAUUUUUUAUAAAAAAAUUUUCUUAACCCCCCUUUAAAUUGAAACAAAAUUUUUUGUUUCAAUUUAAAGGGGGGGGAGUGAGUGCUGAAGAAUUUAAAAUGUCAUUGCCAAAAAACGAAAUAAAUGAAAGAUUUAUGGAAAUUCAUUUGGAGAGACUGAUAAAUAAUCCUCAAGAAUCGAUGAAAGAAGUGCUAGAAUUUCUAGACUUAGGAGAUUGUGAGGAAGUUUAUAAUAUUUCAACACAAAUUGUUCAAAAACAUCUUACUCACACAUAUUCAAUGCCUUGCGCACAUGUACAUCAAUACGGAACUGCAAAUGAGGAACACAUUUUAGCUCAAGCUGGAGCUUCCUUAAGGAAUUUGAUUUGCCGAAUUUUCUGGAAGUUGAAACCUGCUGACAUAUGGCAUAGUGACGAGCGUUUUUGACCCACAAGUAGCAGGUGCAAACCCUCCUCUGUGAGGACCAACACAACUAGAGGUCGUGCUCGGACUGUUUAAGCAAGUAUCGGAGCGAUAUAGCUUCUCUUAUAAUCUUAAUUAACCUCGACAGUCUAUGAGCAAAAUUUUUUUUUAUCGCAUGAAUAUCAGAAUUUAUAGAUUUCCAUUUAUCAAAAUAAAUUUUGCACGUAGAGUACUGAUAAGCAAUAAAAGCUAUAUACUAUAUUUGAACACUCUUUGCACAAAUAA